CUACGAGCCUCACUCAACAACACCAUCAGCCUUGCGUUAAGGCUACGUUAUGUCACAGCACAAAAGCAAAUAAAUACAGUAAUACCCAACUGCCUCUUCAAGAUCUGCCACCGGGACCACCAGCACCAACGACAAGACUCGCCGUCCUCCACACGGAAGCGCACCAAUCCCCACCAAUCAUGCCACGGCGUCGACUCGGUCUUUCUCUCCAGCGAGAAGGAUAGCGGCGGAUUUGGCGGGGCAGGACAGCGCAGCGCAGCCAACAUGCAGGAACCAUCAACAAUUCUGUCACGCGAUGGAUGCGAAUUGUCAACAACAUCUCCUGUUCUUCCUCCAUAAAUACUUUACCAUCUCCUCGGCCCAUGGACGAAAUCUUCAACCCGCUCGAGAAUCGACUUAAAUAAAAAGAUAGAAUUGUGCAGGAAGCUCAGCUGGAUACGAAUUACCCCGCCAACUUCCUGUGUGGUUGCACGAACCCCCACGAUGGCUGGUCCCGUUCCAGUUGCGAAGUCUCUCAAUGACAUAUACACCGAAGAUGCGAUACCUUCACAAAAGACGAGAUGGGAAACAUUGCUGAAGGGGUUUAAGAACAACUACGGUACAUUACCAGACUUUGUGUCUCGGUCUCCAGGCCGAGUCAACAUUAUUGGAGAGCACAUCGAUUACUCGUUAUACUCGGUUCUGCCUAUGGCAAUAACCGCAGAUGUCAUAUUAGCAGUCAAAGUCAUUGAUGAUAGUCAAGCUCCCGAAGGAUGUUACAAGAUCAAAGUCUCCAAUAUACUGGAUUCCAGGUUUCCCUCACACGAAUUCGAUAUCCCAUACGAGUCUGUUGAGAUCGAUGCAAAGGUACACGAAUGGACAAAUUACUUCAAAUCGGGCCUGCGAGGUGCUUUAGAGCUAUUACGGAAGAAACAUGGUGCAGACUACAAGCCUAAGAGCAUGGAGAUACUUAUGGACGGAACAGUACCAGCAGGAGGUGGACUGAGCAGUUCUGCGGCUUUCGUCAGCGCAUCGGCUCUUGCUGUCAUGUAUGCCAAUGGAGAACAUUCGGUCGACAAGACAGCUCUCACUGAGCUGGCUAUUGUCAGCGAACGAGCUGUUGGAGUUAAUUCAGGUGGAAUGGACCAAUCUGCAUCCGUAUUCUCUUUGCGAGGGUCUGCACUCUUCGUCUCUUUCGUCCCAUCACUUGUCGCCCGCCCUGUCUACUUUCCCAAGACCGAUCCAGAACUGAGCUUCGUUAUCGCCCAGAGUUUUGUCACAUCCAACAAGCAAGUUACUGGCCCGGUAUGCUACAACCUUCGAGUUGUCGAGUGUUCGCUCGCAGCCUCUUACCUCCAUGCCGUCCUCAACAAGAGCUCCGCUCCUUUACCAGCAGACGCCGGACCACUAGGUCUUUCUCUCCACGGCUUCCACGACGUAUACUUCGCCAAUACCAAACUCUCUAUUGAAGAACAACUCACAGAAUUGAUCGCCCUCACAAAAUCAACUCUUCCAAAAGAAGAAGGCUACACCCGUGAGGAAAUUGCAUCUGCCAUUGGUAUUUCAGUCUCAGAACUGGACGCGCGUUACACAUCCAUCUUUCCCGUCCGAGCCGACAAGUUCAAACUCAGAGAACGAGCUCUCCACGUAUAUUCCGAAGCUCUCCGCGUCCUCCAAUUCCUCUCUCUCCUCGAGAGCCCCUCUUCCCACAUCUCAGGCUCCAACACAGAAGCCUACAACCAAAAACUAGGAGACCUGAUGAACCAAACGCAAGAUAGCUGCAGAGAUGUCUACGAAUGCUCGUGUCCCGAAAUCGACCAGCUGUGCGCUAUUGCCCGGAAAGCGGGCAGUUAUGGAUCGAGGUUGACGGGCGCGGGUUGGGGUGGGUGUUCGGUGCAUUUGGUGCCGGCGGGCAAGGUGGAUGCUGUUCGCGAGGCGUGGGAGAAGGAGUAUUAUUCUAAGAUGGAUUUGAACGAGGAACAGAAGGCGGCGGCGGUGGUGGUUAGUAAGCCGGGCAGUGGGAGUGCGGUUCUUGUGGUGGAGGGGAUGGGUGUUGUUUAGUUUGAGACGAAAUAGAGUAUAGAAUUUAUUGCAUUUUGGUUUGUUGCAUUGUAGACUCGAAGGGAGUGAGCUUUAAGUCGGGCUUAGAGUCUUGUUCAUUAUUUGCGAACGAAAUUUAGUCAGG